AUGAACGUCCACUACCAGCACCACAUCUGCCCCACCUGCGGCAAGGGCUACAUGACCGCGCCGCGCCUGCGGAAGCACACGGAGGUGCACGUGACAGGGACUUUCCCGUGCGACAAAUGCGCCAGGGCGUUCGGCACGCGCGCCGCCCGCGACCACCACAAGGCUAGAGCGCACGCCAAGGGCCCCCGCUACGAGUGCCCCCACUGCAGCCUCCGCUUCAAGGGCUACUACGAGCGCAUGAGCCACAUGGACGAGGCGCACCGCGAGAAGCCGGUCACGUACCGCUGCGGCGUGUGCGAUCUCGGCUUCAAGACCAGCGGCAAGCGGGCGAGCCACGUGCGCACGGUGCACCUGCAAAGGCCACGCAGCCACGCGUGCCCCCGUUGCGACUGGCUGUUCCGCACUGGCUACGAGCUGAAGCGGCACAUGGUGAGGCACACGGGCGAGAGGCGGUUCGCGUGCGCGGCGUGCGGCAAGUGCUACCCGCGGAACCGCGCACUGAGGGCCCACCAGCGCACGCACGAGGAGCUCGCUUGCAAGUGCUGCGGAACGGUUUUCAAGCAGCGAGCCCAGAUGCUCGCCCACGCCCGCUUCCAGCGUCCCGAUCUGGGGCCGCUGUGCGUCGCCGCGGAUAAGCGGCAAUUGAAGGUUACAUCACUGGCCGGAUUCCGUCGUUCCAUUUCGAUACGCGGGCGUCUUGAUUUACUCGGUACCGCUACCGCGGAUGCGGUGCCAAAGAUCAAAGUGCGCGUUAGGAGGUUGAAAGAGAACGUAAGCGAGCGUCAAAUGCGGAGACGUCGGCGCGCUAACAACCAGCUCUCCGAGGAGUCGGAGCGGCGGCUCGCGAAAACAAUGAUGCGGAGGAACGCGAUGACCCUUCUAGAAUGUUCCACCGCGUGGGCCUUUCGAUGGUUCCACAGCGCGUUCUACUGCUCUUAUUGCGAUGCGAAGUUCAUCGACCCGAGUCCGUUGCGCGACCACGUUGUCUCCUCGCACCUGACCGACCCGCCCACCAAUCGGGUGUUCUCAAAGCUGACAGAGAAUAACAUGCUCAAGGUUGAUGUGACUGACUUGCGUUGCCGGCUGUGCGGCUGUCGCUGCGCCACCCUCGAGGGCCUCAAAGAUCAUUUGGAUGCCGCGCAUAGAACCACUCUCAGUGGGGAGCACAGCGACGGAGUAUUACCGUUCAAACUGGAGCAGAACGGUUUCCAUUGCCAGAUAUGCUUCGAGCACCAUCCCAGUUUCGCCAAAAUCAACGAGCAUAUGAACGCCCACUACCAGAACUACAUUUGCGACGCAUGCGGAAAGGCGUUCGUAUCCAAGUCCAGGUUCAGGUCGCACGUGCAAUCGCACGAGAUCGGUAGCUUCCCGUGCGGGAUAUGCGACGAGGUGCUGCAAACGCGCGCGGCUCGAAUGUGCCACAGACUGAAGGUGCACAGGAAAGGGGUGCGUUACACCUGUCCCCGAUGCCCCGAAGUUUUCACCACGUAUUAUGCGCGGGCGAAACACUUGGUCGAGGGUCAUGCACAAAAAAGACGAGAUUACGACUGCACAGUAUGCGGAACAACUUUUGACACCAGUUGCAAACGAGCUGCGCACUUUCGCGCCGCUCAUAGGCCUACUGAGCGGCGCUACGCGUGCCUCCACUGUGUGGAUGGAAUCGACUCUCCGCGUGCGCCCGAUGACGGGGUCAAAGUAAAAUGGAGGAGGACGCGUCGGUUGAGUGGCGAAAAGGCUAACGCGGCGCUCUUCCUUGAGCACUCGAACGCCGUUGCGUUCAGGUGGCAGCGGGGCAGGUUUAUGUGCGCCUAUUGUCCGCGCUCGUAUCCCAGCGUGCACGAUAUACGCCAGCAUUCAUCCGAGCACGGCCACAAGCUGGACGUGUUUAUAAAUCGGCAAGUGCGCAACACGUUUCCUUUGCGCGUCGACGUCACGAACCUGGCAUGCGCCGUUUGUGGCGAGAAGUCCCAGAGCGUCGAAGAGCUGAAGAUGCAUCUCACAGACAGUCACGCCAAAGUUUUCCGCUCUGAUUGUGGUGACGGUGUCGUCCCUUUCGCUUUGACAGGCAAGGGUUUCAAGUGCGCACUAUGUGGCGCGCCGUUUGAGAGCUUCCUGAGGCUCCACGUGCACAUGAACGGGCACUAUCAGAGCUUCGUGUGCCCUGUUUGCGGGAAAAGCUUUUCGGGCAGGCACAAGCUGCGCGCUCACCAGAAAUGCCACGACCUGGGAGAGUUUGCGUGCGCCAAAUGUGGCAGUACCUUUACAGACCGCUUGGCUAGAAACAGGCACUUUGCGGUGGCGCACGGUACUCACCAACGCUACCGCUGUCCCAUUUGCAGCGAGCAUUUCGAUUCAUACCACUCCCGUUUGAGGCAUCUGGAUCGAGAGCAUGGGCAGCGAGCCGAGUACAAGUGUCGCCUGUGCUCGUUGAAGCGCGGCGAGUUCGUGUGCGCCAUCUGCCCCGCCUCGUUCGGGGACUUUGCAGGUGUGAGGGAGCACACCGAAGGCCAUCAGAAUAGGCUUGAGGCUGUACGCUGGGCGCGUCCCUUCGACUCUGUCAAGGCGGAUAUCAACCAGCUCCAGUGCAAGCUUUGCUCGCGCGCUGUUACCGAUUUGGAUCAGCUCGCUGACCACCUGAUAACGGCUCACAACAAACCUUUGCUGAAGCAACACAGUCUUGGCAUCACCCCGUUCAACCUAUGUGGCAGCGUGUACUCGUGUUCGAUCUGCGGCGAGCGCUUUGACCUCUUCACCAAUCUCAACACUCACAUGAACCAGCACUACAAGAACAACGUUUGCUUCAAGUGCGGUAAGACGUUCGCGGCACCGCGACGUCUCCAGGCGCACAUGGUCACCCACGACGUAAUGGACGGCGGUUAUAGAUGCCAAAAGUGCGGCGAUACCUUUCUCAACCGCAAACUGAGGAGCAACCACGUUACAUACGUGCACGGCCCGAAGCUCAAGUACCGGUGCCCCUACUGCAAGACCAUGUUUAAGGGCUACGGAGACAGGACCAAACACCUUAACGAAGUGCACGAUAGGAAGGUGGAGUAUCCCUGCCACUUGUGCACUGCUGUCUUCGUGAUGUGCAACCAGAGGACGAAGCACAUACAACAGGUGCAUGUUAAAGACAAGCCAUUCGAAUGCGAGCACUGUCCUUUCAAGUCAUCCACCGCCGCCAGGCUGCGCAGCCACAUGGUAAAGCACGUAGGUGUCAGAAAGUAUCAAUGCGACAUAUGCAAAAAGGCAUACUGCCGCAUGAAGACUCUGCGCGAGCACAUGCGCAUUCACAACAACGAUAAACGCUUUAUCUGCCAGCAUUGUGAUGCGGCGUUUGUGCAGAAGUGUAGAAGAAAAUCGGAAGAGAUACUUGUUAAAACUGAAGUGGGAUCCGACACGGAGAAUACGGCCGCGGCCGUCCUUGCCUCUGCCCGAGACGCGGGCAACGAGAGGCGAGCCGCCUUCCGCGAUAACAUUCGGAUUAUAAUGGAAACGUGCACCGCCUGCCCAUUCAAAUACAGGAAGGGCGCGUACCUGUGUUUCUUCUGCAAAACUUCCUUCCUGGAGCCGGAGCGAUUGCGCGACCAUACGCGGCUCCAACACUCUGACGUGAAACAGCUGAAGCCGCGAAAGUAUGAGCCGUUAAAGAUGGACUUCGCGCUGGCCGCGUGCAAACUUUGUGGCGCGUCCGUUACAGACUACGAAACCCUCAAGACACACUUGAGUGAACACGGCAAACCUUUGGACUGCUCCCACGGCGACAGUGUUCUGCCAUACAGCCUGACUAGAGAUGCGCACCGCUGCCAAAUAUGCGGCGGCUGCUACGAGACCUUCUUGACUCUGCACAAGCACAUGAACGAGCAUUUCGAACGCUUCAUAUGCGAGACGUGCGGCAAGCGCUUCGCCACAUCGCAGCGAAUGGUGAACCACGCCCGUACGCACGAGCGCGGCGCGUUCCCUUGCAAACGCUGCGGCGACACGCUACCCUCGCACGCGGCUCUCUACGCGCACGUCGCACGCGCCCAUCGUGCCAACAAGCGCUACAAGUGUCCCGUCUGCGACGAGAAGUUCGCCUCGUACAAGCACCGCCUGAAACACCUCGCCGCCCACGGAGUGCGCACCGCCCUCUUCCCCUGCCCCUCUUGCCCGCGCGUCUUCGAUCUGUGCAGCAGACGAACCGCCCACGUUCGCUUCCAGCACCUGCAAGAGCGCAACCACUCGUGCCCCCUGUGCUACAUGAAGUUCUUCACCCGCUACGAGCUACGCGAGCAUUCGGUGAAGCACGGUGGCGAAAGGAUAUACCAGUGCGACGUCUGCAAGAAGUCGUACGCGCGCCUGAAGACGUUGAGGGAGCACAUGCGGAUACACAACAACGACAGGCGCUUCGCGUGCCAGGUGUGCGGGCAGGCGUUCGUGCAGAACUGCAGCCUGAAGCAGCAUCUGAGGGUGCACCACCCGAGC